AUGGGAGAGAUGGGAACGAAUAAACUCUACGGGCUCGGCGCGAGGAGAAUUGGGGUUGUGAGCGCGGCUCCAGUAGGUUGCGUCCCGAUCCAGAGGAUAAUUACUGGUGGGAUACUCGAGAGGAACUGCAACGAAGAGUUGAAUGAGGAUGCCAAGCUCUUCAACUCCAAGCUCUCUCCGGCGAUUUCCUCACUGACGAACAAUCAACAGCUUCCCGGAGCAAAGAUCGUCUACUUCGACAAUUUCACCCCUGGCAUUUCCCUCCUACGAAACCCAGCUCCGUAUGGGAUCGAAGAGGUGACGAGAGCAUGCUGUGGGAUAAUCUGUGUUGCUCCGGGUAGUUGCCCUGAUGCCAGCAAGUACCUGUUCUGGGACGGUGUCCAUCCCGGCGAGAAAGCUACCGGAAUCCUUACCGGCCAGACCUUCGAUCCGGCGAGUUUAAGCAUAUUGUUGGGUUGA